ACUUAGUAUUCUUAAAUUAAAACAUUUAAAUUUCAAACUCCACUGUCUGUGAAUGAAGAAUGAUGGGAAACACAAUUAUUCAUCUCUUGCUUUUCCUUCUACUAACUUUUCCUUCUUCCUUUGCCGAGCUCUUUUUUGAAGAGAGAUUCCAAGAUGGGUGGAAGAGUCGUUGGGUGUUGUCUGAUUGGAAAAGAAGUGAAGGAAAAGCAGGUACCUUUAAAUACACUGCUGGAAAAUGGCCUGGAGAUCCUGAUGACAAAGGUAUUCAGACAUAUAAUGAUGCCAAGCAUUUUUCCAUAUCUGCAAAGAUACCAGAGUUGACCAAUAAGAACAGAACCCUGGUGGUUCAGUAUUCUAUUAAAUUUGAGCAGGAUAUUGAGUGUGGUGGUGGUUACAUCAAACUUCUUUCUGGUUAUGUAAAUCAGAAAAAGUUUGGCGGUGAUACUCCUUAUAGUUUGAUGUUUGGACCGGAUCUAUGUGGCACACAGACAAAGAAGCUCCAUGUUAUAUUGUCAUACCAAGGGCAGAAUUAUCCUAUUAGAAAGGACCUGCAGUGCGAAACUGACAAAUUAACUCAUUUUUAUACGUUCAUUCUAAGGCCUGAUGCCUCCUAUAGUGUCCUUGUCGAUAAUCGAGAAAGAGAUUCUGGAAGCAUGUACACAGAUUGGGACAUCCUUCCUCCAAGAAAAAUCAAGGAUGUCAAUGCAAAAAAGCCAGCAGACUGGGACGAUAGAGAGUACAUUGAGGAUUCUAAUGAUGUCAAACCAGAGGGAUAUGACUCAAUUCCGGCUGAAAUUCCUGAUCCAAAAGCCAAGAAGCCUGUUGACUGGGAUGAUGAAGAUGAUGGACUAUGGAAGUCCCCAAAAAUUCCUAAUCCAGCAUACAGAGGAACGUGGAAACGAAAGAAAGUCAAGAACUCUAAUUACAAGGGAAAGUGGAAGACUCCGUGGAUUGAUAACCCAGAAUUUGAGGAUGAUCCUGAUCUUUAUGUGCUGAAACCAAUAAAGUAUGUCGGCAUUGAAGUGUGGCAGGUGAAAGCUGGUUCGAUUUAUGACAACAUCUUAAUUUGUGAUGACCCACAAUAUGCAAAGCAAGUUGUGGAAGAAUUUUUGGUUAAUAAUAGAGAGGCUGAAAAAGAAGCUUUUGAAGAAGCGGAAAAAGAAAGAAGGGCUCGGGAAGAAGAGGAGGCACAAAGAGCAAGAGAAGAGGGUGAAAAGAGAAGGAGAGAGAGGGACCGCAAUUAUGGAGAUAAGAGGCGCCGUAGAAGAAGGCCGGAUCCCCACGAAUACCUGGAUGAUUAUGGUCAUGAUGAGCUUUGAAAUGGGCAAUGUGAGGGGUAGUUGGACUCUGCAUAAUUGUAGUAGCAAUCUUCAAUUUAAUGCCACCUUCGAAGUUUGAAAUUUUGAGUGUGUUGUGAACUUUAGGACCAAAGCAUCAAUUGCAAUGACCAUACUGAGCCGUACUGUACCAAAACUCAAUAGAAAUAAGCAUUAGUCAUUAUGUCAACUUUAUUACUUUUGCAUUGUUAUAUUAGCUGCUACUGAAUUUUGCA